AUGUGCCAGGUACUGAAUACACAAUUAGGUAACAACCAUGAUCACCAUCACCUUUGCCCGCCAAACAGAAAAGAUUUAUUAAACAUUUCAGGAGUGCAGUGCAUGAAUGUUAAUAACAGUAGCCAUGUUGACUGCAUCAGCCUUGGAGAAUCAAAUGAGCAUUACUGGGCUGUGCUGAAAGAGACUCGGACCAAACACUGUGACAAAGAGCCCUACAGUACUAAAAAUGAUUGUUUAAUAAUUUUUAAAAAUGACAUGUGGUUACAGAUGAGGACAACUUACAAUUAUGUCUGUGAAAAGCAUGGCGACAACUACAACUGGUUCUUUCUUGUAUGUCCCACUACAUUUGCUGUUGUUGACAAAAAGUACCUGUUGUCUGUUAGGGCUUUAUCACAACUUUUCCAUCUGGGCCACACUAUAAAUGGCGACCUUCCAUACCUGACUGUGGAAAGAGAAACUGUCAAGUACAGUUUGAAAGACAGCCUUCUCGGCAAGUCUGAGAAGUGUGCAGAUCGAAGUGUGAUUUGGAAGUUAUCUGAAGUUUCUGGAAGUUAUCUCAGCCUCAAAUAAGCUGGAGUUCUUGCAGAAAAUGCAGAGGAUUCUGAAGGAAGAGUUGUAUUUAAUACAAAACCAUUUGCACAUCUUAUUCAAGGGACAAUGUGUAAUAAUCCUCAGCAAGUAGUAGAAGGCUGCUGUUCAGGUAUGGCUAUUAUUCUUAAUGGACCAACUCCCAGAAAGAUGAAAGUAAUAGAGCAUGGUGUGCACUGGCUCAGGGUUCAUUAUUUCAACAGUACACUGGUUUUCUUACCUCCAAAUGGUUCAGAAAAUGACUGA